UUGAAACCCCUUACCGUUACGCACACAAAACACCCUUCUUCCACAUCUCAUCCACUUUCCCAAGGCAACCACCCAACUCAUACGCACACAAAACACCCUUCCUUCCACACCCUCUCAUCCAUCCUUUCCCAAGGCAACCACCCAACUCAUACGCACACAAAACACCCUUCCCUUCCACACCCCUCUCAUCCCAUCCUUUCCCAAGGCAACCACCCAACUCAUACGCACACAAACACCCUUCCCUUCCACACCCCUCUCAUCCCAUCCUUUCCCAAGGCAACCACCCAACUCAUACGCACACAAAACACCCUUCCUUCCACACCCUCUCAUCCCAUCCUUUCCCAAGGCAACCACCCAACUCAUACGCACACAAAACACCCUUCCCUUCCACACCCCUCUCAUCCCAUCCUUUCCCAAGGCAAACACCCAACUCAUACGCACACAAAACACCUUCCCUUCCACACCCUCUCAUCCCAUCCUUUCCCAAGGCAACCACCCAACUCAUACGCACACAAAACACCUUCCCUUCCACACCCCUCUCAUCCCAUCCUUUCCCAAGGCAACCACCCAACUCAUACACACACAAAACACCCUUCCCUUCCACACCCCUCUCAUCCCAUCCUUUUCCAAGGCAACCACCCAACUCAUACGCACACAAAACACCCUUCCCUUCCACACCCCUCUCAUCCCAUCCUUUCCCAAGGCAACCACCCAACUCAUACGCACACAAACACCCUUCCCUUCCACACCCCUCUCAUCCCAUCCUUUCCCAAGGCAACCACCCAACUCAUACGCACACAAACACCUUCCCUUCCACACCCCUCUCAUCCCAUCCUUUCCCAAGGCAACCACCCAACUCAUACGCACACAAAACCCUUCCCUUCCACACCCCUCUCAUCCCAUCCUUUCCCAAGGCAACCACCCAACUCAUACGCACACAAAACACCCUUCCCUUCCACACCCUCUCAUCCAUCCUUUCCCAAGGCAACCACCCAACUCAUACGCACACAAAACACCCUUCCCUUCCACACCCCUCAUCCCAUCCUUUCCCAAGGCAACCACCCAACUCAUACGCACACAAAACACCCUUCCCUUCCCACCCUCUCAUCCCAUCCUUUCCCAAGGCAACCACCCAACUCAUACGCACACAAAACACCCUUCCCUUCCACACCCCUCUCAUCCCAUCCUUUCCCAAGGCAACCACCCAACUCAUACGCACACAAAACACCUUCCCUUCCACACCCCUCUCAUCCCAUCCUUUCCCAAGGCAACCACCCAACUCAUACGCACACAAAACACCCUUCCCUUCCACACCCCUCUCAUCCCAUCCUUUCCCAAGGCAACCACCCAACUCAUACGCACACAAAACACCCUUCCCUUCCACACCCCUCUCAUCCCUCCUUUCCCAAGGCAACACCCAACUCAUACGCACACAAAACACCCUUCCCUUCCACACCCCUCUCAUCCCAUCCUUUCCCAAGGCAACCACCCAACUCAUACGCACACAAACACCCUUCUUCCACACCCCUCUCAUCCCAUCCCUUUCCCAAGGCAACCACCCAACUCAUACGCACACAAAACACCCUUCCUUCCACACCCCUCUCAUCCCAUUUUCCCAAGGCAACCACCCAACUCAUACGCACACAAAACACCCUUCCCUUCCACACCCCUCUCAUCCCAUCCUUUCCAAGGCAACCACCCAACUCAUACGCACACAAAACACCUUCCCUUCCACACCCCUCUCAUCCCAUCCUUUCCCAAGGCAACCACCCAACUCAUACGCACACAAACACCCUUCCCUUCCACACCCCUCUCAUCCAUCCUUUCCCAAGGCAACCACCCAACUCAUACGCACACAAAACACCCUUCCUUCCACACCCUCUCAUCCCAUCCUUUCCCAAGGCAACCACCCAACUCAUACGCACACAAACAACCCUUCCUUCCACACCCUCUCAUCCAUCCUUUCCCAAGGCAACCACCCACUCAUACGCACACAAAAACCCUUCCCUUCCACACCCUCUCAUCCCAUCCUUUCCCAAGGCAACCACCCACUCAUACGCACACAAAACACCCUUCCCUUCCACACCCCUCUCAUCCCAUCCUUUCCAAGGCAACCACCCAACUCAUACGCACACAAAACACCCUUCCCUUCCACACCCCUCUCAUCCCAUCCUUUCCCAGGCAACCACCAAACUCUCAUACGCACACAAAAACCCUUCCCUUCCACACCCCUCUCAUCCCAUCCUUUCCCAAGGCAACCACCCAACUCAUACGCACACAAAAACACCCUUCCCUUCCACACCCCUCUCAUCCCAUCCUUUCCCAAGGCAACCACCCAACUCAUACGCACACAAAACACCCUUCCCUUCCACACCCCUCUCAUCCCAUCCUUUCCCAAGGCAACCACCCAACUCAUACGCACACAAAACACCCUUCCCACACCCUUCCACACCCCUCUCAUCCCAUCCUUUCCCAAGGCAACCACCCAACUCAUACGCACACAAAACACCUUCCCUUCCACACCCUCUCAUCCCAUCCUUUCCCAAGGCAACCACCCAACUCAUACGCACACAAAACACCCUUCCCUUCCACACCCCUCUCAUCCCAUCCUUUCCCAAGGCAACCACCCAACUCAUACGCACACAAAACACCCUUCCCUUCCACACCCCUCUCAUCCCAUCCUUUCCCAAGGCAACCACCCAACUCAUACGCACACAAAACACCCUUCCCUUCCACACCCCUCUCAUCCCAUCCUUCCCCACACCACCCAACUCAUACGCACACAAAACACCCUUCCCUUCCACACCCCUCUCAUCCCAUCCUUUCCCAAGGCAACCACCCAACUCAUACGCACACAAAACACCCUUCCCUUCCACACCCUCUCAUCCCAUCCUUUCCCAAGGCAACCACCCAACUCAUACGCACACAAAACACCCUUCCCUUCCACACCCCUCUCAUCCCAUCCUUUCCCAAGGCAACACCCAACUCAUACGCACACAAAACACCCUUCCCUUCCACACCCCUCUCAUCCCAUCCUUUCCCAAGGCAACCACCCAACUCAUACGCACACAAAACACCCUUCCCUUCCACACCCCUCUCAUCCCAUCCUUUCCCAAGGCAACCACCCAACUCAUACGCACACAAAACACCCUUCCCUUCCACACCCCUCUCAUCCCAUCCUUUCCCAAGGCAACCACCCAACUCAUACGCACACAAAACACCCUUCCCUUCCACACCCCUCUCAUCCCAUCCUUUCCCAAGGCAACCACCCAACUCAUACGCACACAAAACACCCUUCCCUUCCACACCCCUCUCAUCCAUCCUUUCCCAAGGCAACCACCCAACUCAUACGCACACAAAACACCCUUCCCUUCCACACCCCUCUCAUCCCAUCCUUUCCCAAGGCAACCACCCAACUCAUACGCACACAAAACACCCUUCCCUUCCACACCCCUCUCAUCCCAUCCUUUCCCAAGGCAACCACCCAACUCAUACGCACACAAAACACCCUUCCCUUCCACACCCCUCUCAUCCCAUCCUUUCCCAAGGCAACCACCCAACUCAUACGCACACAAAACACCCUUCCCUUCCACACCCCUCUCAUCCCAUCCUUUCCCAAGGCAACCACCCAACUCAUACGCACACAAAACACCCUUCCCUUCCACACCCCUCUCAUCCCAUCCUUUCCCAAGGCAACCACCCAACUCAUACGCACACAAAACACCCUUCCCUUCCACACCCCUCUCAUCCCAUCCUUUCCCAAGGCAACCACCCAACUCAUACGCACAAAAACACCCUUCCCUUCCACACCCCUCUCAUCCCAUCCUUUCCCAAGGCAACCACCCAACUCAUACGCACACAAAACACCCUUCCCUUCCACACCCCUCUCAUCCCAUCCUUUCCCAAGGCAACCACCCAACUCAUACGCACACAAAACACCCUUCCCUUCCACACCCCUCUCAUCCCAUCCUUUCCCAAGGCAACCACCCAACUCAUACGCACACAAAACACCCUUCCCUUCCACACCCCUCUCAUCCCAUCCUUUCCCAAGGCAACCACCCAACUCAUACGCACACAAAACACCCUUCCCUUCCACACCCCUCUCAUCCCAUCCUUUCCCAAGGCAACCACCCAACUCAUACGCACACAAAACACCUUCCCUUCCACACCCCUCUCAUCCCAUCCUUUCCCAAGGCAACCACCCAACUCAUACGCACACAAAACACCCUUCCCUUCCACACCCCUCUCAUCCCAUCCUUUCCCAAGGCAACCACCCAACUCAUACGCACACAAACACCCUUCCCUUCCACACCCCUCUCAUCCCAUCCUUUCCCAAGGCAACCACCCAACUCAUACGCACACAAAACACCCUUCCCUUCCACACCCCUCUCAUCCCAUCCUUUCCCAAGGCAACCACCCAACUCAUACGCACACAAAACACCCUUCCCUUCCACACCCCUCUCAUCCCAUCCUUUCCCAAGGCAACCACCCAACUCAUACGCACACAAAACACCCUUCCCUUCCACACCCCUCUCAUCCCAUCCUUUCCCAAGGCAACCACCCAACUCAUACGCACACAAAACACCCUUCCCUUCCACACCCCUCUCAUCCCAUCCUUUCCCAAGGCAACCACCCAACUCAUACGCACACAAAACACCCUUCCCUUCCACACCCCUCUCAUCCCAUCCUUUCCCAAGGCAACCACCCAACUCAUACGCACACAAAACACCCUUCCCUUCCACACCCUCUCAUCCCAUCCUUUCCCAAGGCAACCACCCAACUCAUACGCACACAAAACACCCUUCCCUUCCACACCCCUCUCAUCCCAUCCUUUCCCAAGGCAACCACCCAACUCAUACGCACACAAAACACCCUUCCCUUCCACACCCCUCUCAUCCCAUCCUUUCCCAAGGCAACCACCCAACUCAUACGCACACAAAACACCCUUCCCUUCCACACCCCUCUCAUCCCAUCCUUUCCCAAGGCAACCACCCAACUCAUACGCACACAAAACACCCUUCCCUUCCACACCCCUCUCAUCCCAUCCUUUCCCAAGGCAACCACCCAACUCAUACGCACACAAAACACCCUUCCCUUCCACACCCCUCUCAUCCCAUCCUUUCCCAAGGCAACCACCCAACUCAUACGCACACAAAACACCCUUCCCUUCCACACCCCUCUCAUCCCAUCCUUUCCCAAGGCAACCACCCAACUCAUACGCACACAAAACACCCUUCCCUUCCACACCCCUCUCAUCCCAUCCUUUCCCAAGGCAACCACCCAACUCAUACGCACACAAAACACCCUUCCCUUCCACACCCCUCUCAUCCCAUCCUUUCCCAAGGCAACCACCCAACUCAUACGCACACAAAACACCCUUCCCUUCCACACCCCUCUCAUCCCAUCCUUUCCCAAGGCAACCACCCAACUCAUACGCACACAAAACACCCUUCCCUUCCACACCCCUCUCAUCCCAUCCUUUCCCAAGGCAACCACCCAACUCAUACGCACACAAAACACCCUUCCCUUCCACACCCCUCUCAUCCCAUCCUUUCCCAAGGCAACCACCCAACUCAUACGCACACAAAACACCCUUCCCUUCCACACCCCUCUCAUCCCAUCCUUUCCCAAGGCAACCACCCAACUCAUACGCACACAAAACACCCUUCCCUUCCACACCCCUCUCAUCCCAUCCUUUCCCAAGGCAACCACCCAACUCAUACGCACACAAAACACCCUUCCCUUCCACACCCCUCUCAUCCCAUCCUUUCCCAAGGCAACCACCCAACUCAUACGCACACAAAACACCCUUCCCUUCCACACCCCUCUCAUCCCAUCCUUUCCCAAGGCAACCACCCAACUCAUACGCACACAAAACACCCUUCCCUUCCACACCCCUCUCAUCCCAUCCUUUCCCAAGGCAACCACCCAACUCAUACGCACACAAAACACCCUUCCCUUCCACACCCCUCUCAUCCCAUCCUUUCCCAAGGCAACCACCCAAACCCCUCUCAUCCCAUCCUUUCCCAAGGCAACCACCCAACUCAUACGCACACAAAACACCCUUCCCUUCCACACCCCUCUCAUCCCAUCCUUUCCCAACGCAACCCACCCAACUCAUACGCACACAAAACACCUUCCCUUCCACACCCCUCUCAUCCCAUCCUUUCCCAAGGCAACCACCCAACUCAUACGCACACAAAACACCCUUCCCUUCCACACCCCUCUCAUCCCAUCCUUUCUCACCAACCACCCACACCCCCCUCAUCCCAUCCUUUCCCAAGGCAACCACCCAACUCAUACGCACACAAAACACCCUUCCCUUCCACACCCCUCUCAUCCCAUCCUUUCCCAAGGCAACCACCCAACUCAUACGCACACAAAACACCCUUCCCUUCCACACCCCUCUCAUCCCAUCCUUUCCCAAGGCAACCACCCAACUCAUACGCACACAAAACACCCUUCCCUUCCACACCCCUCUCAUCCCAUCCUUUCCCAAGGCAACCACCCAACUCAUACGCACACAAAACACCCUUCCCUUCCACACCCCUCUCAUCCCAUCCUUUCCCAAGGCAACCACCCAACUCAUACGCACACAAAACACCCUUCCCUUCCACACCCCUCUCAUCCCAUCCUUUCCCAAGGCAACCACCCAACUCAUACGCACACAAAACACCCUUCCCUUCCACACCCCUCUCAUCCCAUCCUUUCCCAAGGCAACCACCCAACUCAUACGCACACAAAAAACCCUUCCCUUCCACACCCCUCUCAUCCCAUCCUUUCCCAAGGCAACCACCCAACUCAUACGCACACAAAACACCCUUCCCUUCCACACCCCUCUCAUCCCAUCCUUUCCCAAGGCAACCACCCAACUCAUACGCACACAAAACACCCUUCCCUUCCACACCCCUCUCAUCCCAUCCUUUCCCAAGGCAACCACCCAACUCAUACGCACACAAAACACCCUUCCCUUCCACACCCUCUCAUCCCAUCCUUUCCCAAGGCAACCACCCAACUCAUACGCACACAAAACACCCUUCCCUUCCACACCCCUCUCAUCCCAUCCUUUCCCAAGGCAACCACCCAACUCAUACGCACACAAAACACCCUUCCCUUCCACACCCCUCUCAUCCCAUCCUUUCCCAAGGCAACCACCCAACUCAUACGCACACAAAACACCCUUCCCUUCCACACCCUCUCAUCCCAUCCUUUCCCAAGGCAACCACCCAACUCAUACGCACACAAAACACCCUUCCCUUCCACACCCCUCUCAUCCCAUCCUUUCCCAAGGCAACCACCCAACUCAUACGCACACAAAACACCCUUCCCUUCCACACCCCUCUCAUCCCAUCCUUUCCCAAGGCAACCACCCAACUCAUACGCACACAAAACACCCUUCCCUUCCACACCCCUCUAUCCCAUCCUUUCCCAACCACCCAAACCCACUCUCAUCCCAUCCUUCCCAAGGCACCACAACUCAUACGCACACAAAACACCCUUCCCUUCCACACCCUCUCAUCCCAUCCUUUCCCAAGGCAACCACCAACUCAUACGCACACAAACACCCUUCCCUUCCACACCCUCUCAUCCCAUCCUUUCCAAGGCAACCACCCAACUCAUACGCACACAAAACACCCUUCCCUUACACCCUCUCAUCCUCCUUUCUCACCAACACAAACCCUCUCAUCCCAUCCUUUCCCAAGGCAACCACCCAACUCAUCGCACACAAACACCCUUCCCUUCCACACCCCUCUCUCCAUCCUUUCCAAGGCAACCACCAACUCAUACGCACACAAACACCCUUCCCUUCCACACCCCUCUCAUCCCAUCCUUUCCAAGGCAACCACCCAACUCAUACGCACACAAACACCCUUCCUUCACCCUCUCUCCAUCCCAUCCUUUCUCACACCCCCAAACUUCAUACCAUCUUUCCCAAGGCAACACCCAACUCAUACGCACACAAAACACCCUUCCCUUCCACACCCCUCUCAUCCCAUCCUUUCCCAAGGCAACCCACCCAAUCAUUAG